GUAUAUAAGGAGGGUAGAGGAGAGCCAGAGUACAGGAAGAUGGAGGCCCUCCACCAGAGGUCUCUGAAUGCUGAGAGACUGAAGGAUGACAUGAACAUCACCCUGCAGAGCACACAGAACAAGAUGAAGAAAAUGGAGAUGGACUACAGUGAGGAGUUGUCCCGGUGCCAGGAGGAGGUGCGGCGGCUGCAGGGGUCUCUGUCUGCAGCCAGGGAGGACUGCAGCGGGGUCAGCGAGGAGCGGCUCCAGCUGCAGCAGGAGAACAUGCAGCUCCGCAGGGAGAUGGAGGAGCUACGCAAGGCUAGCAUGAUGACCCAGAGGAGAGCUAAGCAGCAGGUUUCCCAGAUGGAGCAGGAGUAUUCCCUAAAGGAGCAGGGUCUGGAUGCCCGGGUCAGGGAGCUGGAGGAAAGCAGUAGGAGCUCCAGUGCUGAGCUGACCCGCCUCCUCUCUGCCCAGCAGAAGACCAGCCAGCGCUGGAAGGAGGAGGCCAAGACCCUCACCCUGACCUUCCACACCAAACUCACCAGCCUCAAGGGUGAGCUGAAUCGACAGAAGCAACGUUGUCAGGAACUGGAGAUCCAGCUGGUGACUGACCACGAGACCAUAGUAGAGUACGAGAGGCAGAUGGCAGAGUAUCAGGAGAAGAACAGUCGUCUCCAGAGGCGUUUGACUCAGGCAGAACAGAAGGCAACUACAGCAUCACAACAGCUGAGUAUAAUGACGUCACAGAGAAGGAAAACGUCGUCCAUGGCAGACCUGGAGUCUCUAUAGCGGUGUGCCGGGAUGGGACUUAAGGGUUUUGGGCACUUGUCCGCUGUGCCAUACGAUAUUUAAAAAUAUAACAUUUCACUUGCCGUUGGGCUAGUUGGCCACAAUUUCUACUAGCCAGUCUGAAAUGUACUAGCAUCGGGCUAGCUUCAUUUCCAUCCCUGACUGUGUGCAUUGCCAACCAUUUCUACAGAAAUGCCAAUGUCUGUUAUGGAUUUAUACCAUUUACUGUGAUGUCUGUUAUUAAAAUAUAUUUAAAUUAUC